AUCCCGCGGCCGAGGGCAGCUGGAGCAGCUCCGGGACCGACCCCGCGAACGGCAGCGUGCGAGGGGGCUGGUGGCGGCAGGAGGGACCUCGGGGCUCCGCUCUGAACUUUGACUGCCGUCGGUCCCGUCCUCUCCCCGGGGCUGCCCUCGGCUCCCCGCUGCCCCCCGACCCCCCUGCCGCUCGGCCCCGCAGGAUGCAGAUCUCACCCUUGCUGGCUGGUGGACUUUUACUCGCGCUGCUCUCCGUCAGGCUGGAGGCGAAGCCGGCAUCUCAGCUCCCACAGAAGGCCUCCCGCGGGUCGGCGGCGGCGGCAGCGGCGGCGGCAGCGGCGGCAGCGAGUCCGCCCGAGGCGGCGGAGCGGGAGAAGGAGCGGGAGAAGGAGCGGAGCGGCGGCGGCGGCGGCUCGGGCCCGCGGGAGGCGCGGGAGGCGCGGGCCGAGGCGCGGCCGCGGGCGGGCUGGGCGCGGCUGCUGCAGGACCCGCCGGGCCGCCGCCACAAGGGCCUCCACAAGAAGGGCCUGGGCAAGGGCUGCUUCGGGCUCAAGCUGGAUCGCAUCGGCGCCAUGAGCGGCCUCGGAUGCUGAGGGACCCCUGGCGGGCUUUGAAUCCAUAGUCCACUUUUUCCUACCACGCACGGCCAGGCAUGGCCAUCCCCCGGCAACAGCUAGAGAAGCAGAGACCCCCUUGGAAUGGACAAAAGAUGUGGUUGUGUUUUUCUUUUUGGUACGAGGAGUCAUGGCACCAACUGUUUUGGUUUUGUUAUUUUUUUAACAAGUGCUCUCUAUCUUAUAUAUAUUAUAUAUACAAACACUCACCGAGACAAGGGACAGUGCUUUUCCAAGAGACUGAUGAA